CCCGGCGGCGCCAGUGCCCAGGCAGAGCCAGCCUCCCCGCGCCGCUCCGCAGGGAGGAGCCCGCCCCGGCCCGCCCCUCCUGCCGCCCACGAGCGCUCUUGAAGUCCAGGGCGCCGCGCACCUGGAGCCCGAGGAGCGCGCGGGGACGGCUGAGGGGAGCCGGCGAGCGCGCCCCGAGGACUUGGGGAGCCUCCAGCCCCCUCUCCCAGCGCCGGGGCGUCCUGGUGGGACCGGGGACGCCCGGGGGGCGGCGCGGAGUGACCGGCGGCCUCGGAGACCUCUGCGCAGGGAUGCCAACAUGAUGUUACAUGCCGGUCGAAUGUGGAACUGUCACUGGAGAUGGAAGCCGUGCCCUCUGUUAUUCUUAUUUGCUUUAUAUAUCGUAUGUGUGCCUCACUCAGCAUGGGGGUGCGCCAACUGCAGGCUCGUGCUGUCCAGCCCCUCCGGAACCUUCACUUCUCCGUGCUACCCCAACGACUACCCCAACAGCCAGGCCUGCCUGUGGACCCUUCGUGCCCCCGCCGGCUACAUCAUCCAGAUAACGUUUAAUGACUUCGACAUCGAGGAAGCUCCCAACUGCAUUUAUGACUCGUUGUCCCUCGAUAAUGGAGAGAGCCAGACUAAAUUUUGUGGUGCAACGGCCAAAGGUCUAUCAUUUAACUCGAGUGCGAAUGAGAUGCAUGUGUCCUUUUCAAGCGACUUCAGCAUCCAGAAGAAAGGUUUCAAUGCCAGCUACAUCAGAGUUGCCGUGUCCUUAAGGAAUCAAAAGGUCCUUCUACCCCCGACGCUAGAUACCUACCAGGUCUCUGUUGCAAAGACUGUCUCCAUUCCACAGCUCAGUGCUUUCACCAUCUGCUUCGAAGCCACCAAAACUGGCCACGGAGACAGUGACUGGGUCGCCUUCUCCUACGUGGAUGCAUCCUUCACGCCCUGGCUGCGUUUUGGAAAGGACAGCAGUGGCUACUUUCUGUCUAUUUCCAGUUUCAAAUGCUUGCUAAAUGGCGUGCUCCCUGUCAAGGAAGGCGAAGACCUUUUCACCGAAAGCUUUGAGCAGCUCUGCAUCGUUUGGAAUAGUUCUUCGGGCUCUGUGGGCAUAAAUUUCAAAAGAAACUACAGAAUGGUUCCAUGUGAUUCCACCAUCGGCAAAGUCAUUCCUGAGCAUGGGAAAUUGUUGUUGGGCUCCAUUCAAAACGAAAUUGCCUCUCUGAGAGGGGACGUUUAUAACUUUCGACUUUGGAAUUUUACCAUGGAUUCCAAAACCCUCUCCAACCUCAGCUGUAACGUGAAGGGGAAUGUGGUUGACUGGCAAAAUGACUUUUGGACCAUCCCAACCCUGGCUUUGAAAGCAGAAAGCAACCUCAGCUGUGGUUCCUACCUGGUGCCUGCCCCGGCGGCAGAGCUGGCGAGCUGCGCGGACCUGGGCACUCUCUGCCGAGCUACUGUAAACUCUGCUAGUCCUACAGCACCUGCUGUCUCCACUAACAUGCCACUUACUAGCAGAGUCGAUAAACAAAGCCAUGAUGGAAUUGUCUAUAGGAUAUCCAUAGUGAUUCAAAACGUCCUUCAUCACCCUGAGGUAAAAGUACAGAGCAAGGUGGCAGAAUGGCUCAAUUCAACCUUCCGGAAUUGGAACUACACGGUUUACGUAGUCAAUAUCAGUCUUGACCUGAGCACCGGAGAAGACAAGAUUAAAGUAAAAAGAAGCAUCGCGAAUGACCCGAGGUUGGCUGUUUGGGCCCUUCUAGUUUAUAAUGCCACCGACAAUGUCAACUUAGAAGGAAAAAUCAUCCAGCAGAAGCUCUUAAAAAAUAAUGAGUCCCUGGAGGAGGGUUUGAGGCUCUACACGGUGCACGUGAGGCAGCUGGAUACAUGUCCUGCAGAGGAGAAACCCACAGGCUUCUUUUGGCCCAACAUCUCACCUUCUGUCUACAUAUUGCCCUGUCCGGGUAAACCUGGCUUCUCUGCGACCCGGGCCUGUCUCAGCAAUCCUUCCAACGCCUCCAUAGUUUACUGGGAGCCUCCUGACAUCUCCAAUUGUUCACGUCCAGUAAGUGAAGCUGUCGAUGAACUUCUAAAUUCUACUAGUGAAGGGCAGACCUUAAGCUCAAGCAAUAUCACAAACAUUGUUGGACGUGUCAAAAAAAUUGUGAAUCAGGAAGAAAACAUUGAUAUAGCACUUGGCUUAAAUUUAAUGACUAUAUUUUCUAAUAUCUUAAUCAAUUCAGACAGUGAUUUGCUUGCAUCUUCCUCUGAAGCUUUGAAGACAAUUGAUGAAUUGGCCUUCAAGGUAGACCUCAGUAGCACCUCCCGCGUGAACAUUACAACCAGGAAUUUGGCCCUUGGAGUUUCAUCGCUGUCCCCAGGGACAAAUGCAGGCUCAAAUUUUAGCAUUGGCCUCCCAAGCAACAAUGAAUCAUACUUCCAGAUGGAUUUCGAGAGCGGACAAGUGAAUCCACUGGCUUCCGUGAUUUUGCCUCCAAACCUACUUGAGAAUUUAAGUGAAGGAGAGUCUGCAUUGGUUAAAAGAGCACAGUUUACCUUCUUCAAUAAAACUGGACUUUUCCAGGACGUGGGAACCCAAGCAGACCGCCUGGUGAGCUACGUGAUGGCGUGCAGUAUCGGGAACAUCACCGUGCAGGGCCUGCGGGACCCCGUCCGAAUCGUCAUCAAACACACGAGGAUGCAGGCCGUGCAUCGCCCCAUCUGUGCCUUCUGGGAUCUGAACAAAAACAACGAGUCUGGAGGCUGGAACACUUCCGGAUGCACCACGCACAGAGACUCGGACAAGAGCAGGACGGUCUGCCUGUGCAGCCACCUCACGCACUUUGGGGUUCUCAUGGACCUCCAGGGAGCCACCCCCCAGAUGGACACCAGGCACACCAGGGUGCUCACCUUUAUCAGCUACGUCGGCUGUGGGGUAUCUGCCAUCUUCGCGGCGGUGACACUCCUGACGUAUGUCGCUUUUGAAAAGCUGCGCAGGGAUUAUCCCUCCAAAAUCCUGAUGAACCUGAGCACGGCGCUGCUGUUUCUGAACCUGCUCUUCCUGCUGGACGGCUGGGUGACCUCGCUGCAGGUGGAGGGGCUGUGCACGGCCGUGGCCGCCCUCCUGCACUUCUUCCUGCUGGCCACCUUUACCUGGAUGGGGCUCGAAGCGAUUCAUAUGUACAUCGCCCUGGUCAAAGUCUUCAACACUUACAUCCAUCGGUACAUACUCAAGUUCUGCAUCAUUGGCUGGGGGUUGCCUGCCUUGGUGGUGUCAGUCGUUCUGGCGAGCAAAAAACAAAAUGAAGUCUACGGGAACAAAGCUUACGGAAAAGAGCAAGGCGAUGAAUUCUGUUGGAUCCAGGACCCGGUGGUGUUCUACGUGACCUGCGCUGGGUAUUUCGGGGUGAUGUUUCUCCUGAAUGUGGCCAUGUUCGUUGUGGUCAUGGUGCAGAUCUGCGGGCGGAACGGCAAGAGGAGCAGCCGGACGCUGCGGGAGGAGAUCCUGCGCAGCCUGCGCAGCGUGGUCAGCCUCACCUUCCUGCUGGGCAUGACCUGGGGCUUCGCCUUCUUCGCCUGGGGGCCCCUGACGGUCCCUUUCAUGUACCUCUUCUCCAUCUUCAAUUCGUUGCAAGGCUUAUUUAUAUUCAUCUUCCACUGUGCCAUGAAAGAGAACGUCCAGAAGCAGUGGAGGCGGCAUCUCUGCUGUGGAAGGUUUCGGUUGGCAGACAACUCAGAUUGGAGUAAGACCGCUACCAACAUCAUCAAGAAAAGUUCUGAUAAUCUAGGGAAAUCUUUGUCUUCAAGCUCCAUUGGCUCCAACUCAACUUACCUUACAUCCAAGUCUAAAUCCAGUUCGACCACUUAUUUCAAAAGGAACAGCCACACUGACACAGCAUCCAUUGGCAAGUCCUCGUCCAAGCUGGCCCAUGCUGAUGGAGAACAGACAUCGAUCAUCCCCGUCCAUCAUGUCAUUGACAAGGUCAAGGGUUAUUGCAGUGCUCACUCAGACAACUUCUACAAAAAUAUUAUCAUGUCAGACACAUUCAGCCACAGCACAAAGUUUUAAUAGCUUUCAAAUAAGAAAAUGGAAUCAGUCUGAAGAUCUGCAAGCAGCAAAAAGCCUGAUGGGUAGUUAUAAAUGUGCUAUUACUCAGGAAACUGCAUGUAGAUGAGGCGUGUAUUUUGUUAAGAGGCAAAAUUCAUCUUUUCAAUGUAUUUCUUUUAUGGGGGAGUUUUCCACCAGCUCUCAGUACUAAAACCUCAAUACUAAAAGCAAUGUGACUCAGUAGCUACCACAGGUCUAUUUUUAAAUAUAUCAUUGAACCAUAAUAAUUAGAGCUCAGCAGGGGACUUUAAAAUCAGAGAUAAGGCAGAGGCAAAACCGAGGACUAACCUUACUUUGGAAGUCAUUCAUACCCACGUGGGAGAGAGGUUUCCUUGUGGCCAUUUGCUGCGUCAUCUUUCUCAACAAUAAAAGGCACAUGGAUAUUUAUAACUAUGUGGAUGCCCCCAAGUCCCAUAUCUGUGCUAGUUUCUAUGAAUGAAGUAGCAUUGUCCCUUUUGCAAUGAAACUUCAACCACAGAUAGAAAAGAACACAACCUGAAGAUUAAAAAAUAUUUUUAAAAAAUUAUUAUUCCAAAUGUUUAACAUUAUGGACCAUAACAUGCUUAAGAAAGUUUUCCCAAGAUCUUAAUCUAAUUAAAUGAGGCUAUGUAAAUUCCUAGUAUUUCACUUAUCCAGUUUAUGCCUUUAAAGUACUCAAGACACAAGACUUAAGCAUUGUCGCUAAUUGUAACUUAAUCCAAUACACCUGAAUCAAGCUUUGUGUUGCCAUUCCAUCCAGCGGGCAUUGAAGGAUGAAUGGGUUCCUCCUCUGCUUUAGCGCCUUCAGCCACAGGCUCAUGGAGGGGAGCGAGAAUUUCCAUCAGACAGGCCGUGCCCAAUACUCUCUCCCUCUUGAGUCUAAAAGGUCCUGUCUUUGCUCUAGAAAUUUAAGACAUUUCCAGUCAUGCAAAUGAAAGCCUCUUAGUCCCCCUUUCAAGAGUUUUGUUCAGGGAAUACAAACUGAGACAUAUGGGUGAUGUCAUAACCAAAAGAAGUCCUAAACACGAAGGCCUUGCUGCUGUACCCAAGUCCGCAGGGUGCGCUGUGUGAGGCCGAGAGGGCUGGCGAGGUAAGUGUUGUGUUGUUUACCGAUCAGGCUGCUGCACGCCAGCUGUGCCUAACAUGAAGCAGUUUACCAAACUCUCCAGCUGCCUUGAGUAAUGCAUGCUUGCUAGAGGCUGUGGAGAGGACCACUUUUUAAUUUUUCUUAGAUGAUGGAGUUGCGUUCCAAAUCCUUAGAAAUCUGCCUGAGCGAUGACCUCCCUUUCCACGUGCUCUGGGUUGCCUGGGGAGUUCUGGGAGGGAGCUGGAUCGGUGGUGAGACCAUGGGGCCUUCUGGCCAAGCCCGUCUGCAGAGGACACGGGGAGCACCGGAGACCGUGCCUGCUGCAAGAAAGUGGGAAGGAGCACCCGGGAGGGACAGAGCGGAGCUUUGUGCUCCGCAGCCACUUCAGGGCCUCUGGGCUCCGGCUGAUCUUCAACGCUGAAGCUGUCCACCAGGCUGGAAGGGAUGUUGAGAGCAUGUAGUGGUUUUUAUUACCUUCCUGUUUUGCAGGAGCCUGGGACUCCAUCCUGGGGGACAGGAGCUCUGCAUUCCCAGGGGCAGGUAAUAAAUCAUAAGGUCAACAAGAUGCACCACAGUAGAGCCAGCUUCUUCUCUCCAGGCCUAUAUCAGCAGAGUGCUCACUCCGGCAGAGGGAACACGGAAUAUUAAUCUUAAACAUUCACUGAAGAGUCAUAUACUCUCCCCCCAAACCUUAGUGACUCAUGAUGGAAUUUAAUUAGCUUUCUACCCUGAGAAAAUGUUUAUUUAGUUAAUAGUAAUUCAGGCAUAGUUUAGAAAAUGUCUUUGCUUUUUGCUUCUAAUCAUAUUCAUCAUAAAUGGGGAAACAUUUUCUUUCAUAUUUGACAACUACUUUCUACUUUAGAAAUUUUCAGUAGCCAGGUGAAGAAGAAUGUAGAAACAACUGAGUAGAAACAUUUGCAAAUGGAUUUAAAAGACUGAGCCAAAUUCUGCCCUCAAUUCUAAACAGAGCUCUCUCCUUUGCUCAGCCCCCUUGGGACCCAGGGGUGUAGAUUUAGCUGGAGUGCCAAAAUUGAGUUUAGCCUAACUUUGAGAAUAAUAUCAGUUCAGACCCACUUUAUUGUUUUGUUUUUUAUUUUUUUCCCCUCUCUUUUUAAAUGCAUUUUGUUAGAGUCUUAGUCUAGGACCCUGAGAUAUUUUCCAUUCUUGUCACCAUGAAUUGCAGUGUAAUGACUGUAAUGAUUUUCUUUGUUCACUGUCAGCAUAGACUCUUUUGUACAUAUUUAUUUAUUGGUGUUUAUAAAUGUCAACUUGUUUCAUAUCUUGACUUUAUAUUGCCUGGUUUGUUAUUUUAAUUAACUUCCUAUUGGAGAGAUUGAAUAUAUUUUUUUCAAAAUACUUUGUGAAAUAGUUUUCUGUAGCCACAUCUUUGAAGAUGAUGAAUAAAAUGACUGUGAGUGCAAGUUAAAAUUUGUAGUGAGAAGCUACUGUAGCUGAUUUGCCAUUUUACUUAAAUGGAAAAUGUUUUUCAAAUAAAUCCUUAUGUUGUUCAUGUUCCAAAUUA